AUGUCGACAAGGCAGAUCAUCGUUGACCCUGCCGAUGACGCUCAAUUAGCCUGUGGUGGUCCCGGUCUCAUCUUGUGGAGCUCUUUCAUGCUCAGCGCACUUUCCAUCGGCAUUUGUCCAGGAAUAGCGGUCUUCUUCACUGGUCGUGGAAAAAAUCAUGGUGUGGGAAGACUAAGACAACACAAGGUGGUCGUAUGGGCCAUCGAGAGUCUCCUCUGCAAGGCCAUCGAUACGGUAACUCACUUUGCAGCCCUUCUCUGGCCCAAAUCUCUGCCAACUCCGUCACCGCAGUUGGCCUCUCCAGGCUUCGAGGAAGACUUCGAUGCACUUGUGGACGAACAAUUCUUUGUCGAUAGAACACAGGAAAGCGUUAGGCUGAACCAACAGCUCGACCCCGACGUGUCCGCCGCUGUGUUCCUCGUAGUUGUCGAAGGCCAUGAAAAGUUUUUAUCAGCCAAGACAUUAGCUACUUGCUCAGGGGACCGAUACGCUCUUUGGCGACGGCUUGGUAUGAUGGUACGCAAUAUUGUUGAUGAUGCACCAAAUGCCUCUAUGGGUGAGAUCAGAGAGCGUGAAGAACGACCUGAGGCCUUCGCUGGAAGUCCUGUGCCAAUUAUGGCAUUGUUUUCCAAGCUCUCAUGCAACUUACUCGUCAAGAAUGCGAGCCUGGAGUCAGGCUCAAUUCCCGCCCGGUCAAAUGCCAGGUCAAACGGCGACUUAUCGAGGUUGCCGACGCCAUAA